GACACGCGGAAAAUUAACCACAGCUUCCUGCGGGACCACAGCUAUGUGACUGAAGGUAACGUACGUGUUGUCUGAGGCCCCUUCCGGCCGGCCGCGGCGUGGGGAUGCCGUCGCACCGAAUGCCCUCCGAAGCUGAUAUCAUCUCUACCGUCGAGUUCAACCACACUGGGGAGCUGCUGGCCACAGGUGACAAGGGUGGCCGAGUUGUCAUCUUCCAGCGGGAACCGGAGAGCAAAAAUGCGCCACACAGCCAGGGCGAGUAUGACGUCUACAGCACCUUCCAGAGCCACGAGCCAGAGUUCGAUUAUCUCAAGAGUCUGGAGAUAGAGGAGAAAAUCAACAAGAUCAAGUGGCUCCCGCAGCAGAAUGCCGCCCACUCCCUGCUGUCCACCAACGAUAAAACUAUCAAACUAUGGAAGAUUACCGAACGCGAUAAGAGGCCCGAGGGUUACAACCUGAAAGACGAGGAGGGGAAGCUUAAGGACCUGUCCACGGUGACGUCACUGCAGGUGCCCGUGCUGAAGCCCAUGGACCUGAUGGUGGAAGUGAGCCCGCGGAGGGUCUUCGCCAAUGGCCACACCUACCACAUCAACUCCAUCUCUGUCAACAGCGACUGUGAGACGUACAUGUCCGCGGACGACCUGCGCAUCAACCUCUGGCACCUGGCCAUCACCGACCGGAGCUUCAACAUCGUGGACAUCAAACCAGCUAACAUGGAGGACCUCACGGAGGUGAUCACCGCGUCCGAGUUCCACCCGCAUCACUGCAACCUCUUCGUCUACAGCAGCAGCAAGGGCUCCCUGCGCCUCUGUGACAUGCGUGCGGCCGCCCUGUGUGACAAGCACUCCAAACUAUUUGAAGAGCCUGAGGACCCCAGUAACCGCUCCUUCUUCUCGGAAAUCAUUUCCUCCGUGUCAGACGUGAAGUUCAGUCACAGCGGCCGGUACAUGCUCACCCGCGAUUACCUCACGGUCAAGGUCUGGGACCUGAACAUGGAGGCGCGGCCCAUAGAGACCUACCAGGUCCAUGAUUACCUUCGGAGCAAACUCUGUUCCCUGUAUGAGAACGACUGCAUUUUUGACAAGUUCGAAUGUGCCUGGAAUGGAAGUGACAGCGUCAUCAUGACUGGAGCCUACAACAACUUCUUCCGCAUGUUUGACCGGAACACCAAGCGGGAUGUGACCCUGGAGGCGUCGCGGGAGAGCAGCAAGCCCCGGGCGGUGCUCAAGCCGCGGCGGGUAUGCGUGGGCGGCAAGCGGCGACGCGACGACAUCAGCGUGGACAGCUUGGACUUCACCAAGAAGAUCCUGCACACGGCCUGGCACCCGGCCGAGAACAUCAUCGCCAUCGCGGCCACCAACAACCUGUACAUCUUCCAGGACAAGGUGAACUCCGACAUGCACUAGGUGCCCCGGCGGCCACGCGCCGGAGCGGCCACUGGCAGGGGCAGGGACAGGGGGGAGUGCCGGGCCCCGUCCCUCCAAGCAUCCCAGGACCGGACUCACCUUUGCGGAUGAUUUCUAUUGGAACACAGGACCAACAAGGAGUCACAGUAAACCGACGGGAUCGUCGGCCUGGAAGUUCACUUCUUGCAUCCUGUACUUUAAUCGCGUGCAGUCUUUCCCGCCUUCUGAGGAUGUUUUCCGUCUGCGCGUUCAUUUUUCACGCCAGCGGUUUCCUUUCUGCGGGCCUCGGGAGCCCCGGAGUGGUGUGUCUUUCACGCCUCACUGGCCCCAGUUCAGGGCUCCGGGGACAGAUAACGAAGCUCA